AUGUCAAGAAACACUAUGGUGGAUCCCUACAUUAAUAAAAUAUAUAAAAGAGGACUUUUUCCUAGUUCAAUUACAAAAGAAGAAAACGAAGCAAAAGUAUCUCAACUCAUUGAUCGCUAUCUCGAAAGACAUAAACUGGAUAAUCAGCAGCCUAUAGCGGUUAUUACGGGUGGUGAUUCUGGUAUUGGUUUAGAGAUAACAAAAAGUUUAAACAGAUGUGGAUUUGAGCUGAUCAUUGGAACAAGAUCCAAGGAACUUUGCGAGAAGUUCAUUGGCCCUUUUUCUACGCCAAAAGGUCAUGUCAAGAUAUGCGAACUUGACCUUGCUGAUUUUAGCUCUGUUCAUUCCUUUGCCAACCAGGUUAAAUAUAUACUCAAUGGACGCAAAAUUGACUUGUUAAUCAAUAAUGCAGGUGUAAUGAACGUACCCUAUCUUAAAACAGUAGAUGGUUUUGAAUCACAAUGUCAGAUUAAUUACAUGUCUCCUACAUUGCUAAGUAAGCUGCUGCUUUCUCACAUGAACACGAAAUAUGGUAGAAUUCUUUUUGCAUCAAGCUCCACUCUAUAUGCUGUGAACAAAUUGGACACAAACACACCCUUGACAUUAUACAGCUUAAAUGGGCUUGACCAUUAUGCCUAUAGCAAAUCAUGUAUUGCACAUAUUGCACAGUAUCUCUCAACAUCUGCACCUUCAGGGGUAAAGAUUUACGCCUACCAUCCUGGUACUGUCAGGACUAAACUAUUUGAUCAUACCACUGUGUUCACAUUAAGAUUAUUCUCAAAACUAUUCGAUUUUAUUAUGCUGACUCCAAAGGAAGGAAGCAUAACACCUUUAUACCUUUGCUUAGCAAAUGUGGAGGAUUUAGAAGCUGAUGCGGAUUCAUGCUAUUGGGCAGAUCAAAGGCAACAUCGAAUAGCACCAACAUACAUCAAUGGAAGCUUAAACAACACUCAUAAACUAUGGGAAGAUACAUUGUUAAAAUGUAAAUACAAUGAAGAAAUGUAAUAUACAAGCAGAGUCACUCUUUAAAACGAACCAAUAUGCCUUGUAGCGAGUGUUUUUGUAUUUCUUCGUUAAUUGUUUAAGUAUAUCUAUCAUACUUUUAAAUAUCUGCAAUGUUUUUAUUGAUAAAGUUACUGUAAACUAUUUUGUAAAGAUUAAUACACUGAUAACACUCUUGUACGAUAUUUAACAGCUCGAUUACUUGUGC